GAAAAGCAGUUUUAUAUAUUUUUUUCGAAUCUUUCCUUUUCCUAAUUUGGAGUCAAUAGUCAAGAGUUACAAGGUAAAUAAAAUAAAAGGAAACAAAAUUAAUUAAAAAAAAUAAAAGUGAGCUCACACAUAGCCAACAGGAUAUGGACCCACAGAAAAAAAACCCAAUCUGAAUUUAUUUUUGUUUUUGCAAGAAUUGACCCAGCUGUAAUACAGGCUGUUGCGCCCUUGGUUUCAUCAUCUUCUUCUUCAUUCUCCAUAGCCAUAAUAACUCACUCCGUAUAUCUUUCAAGCUCGUACCCUCCCUUUUUUUUCAGUCCACACCUUCUCUAAUUUGUACUUAUAACAAAUGUUUCUCUCUUAAGAAGAGAAACCAAAUCAAAUCCAAGCCAAAACUCCAGUAUAAUAUUACUUCGUUAAUUUAUCUCCAAUGGAUCCGUGUCCCUUUAUCCGGAUCCUAAUCGGUGACUUGUCGAUAAAGUUCCCGGUGGCUUUGAAGCCGUCCUUCUCCGGGGUCCACCCUUCAACGUCGCCGUGCUUCUGUAAGAUCAAACUCAAAAACUUCCCUGUACAGUUCGCUACUAUCCCUUUAGUCCCACAAGUUAGUAGAACUAGUAGCUGUAGUAGUAGUAGUUGUAGUGUUCCAACCCCGGAUGCUAAUUCUCAAUCUCUAGCCGCUUCUUUCAAUUUGAACAAGACCCACAUCGACGGUUUCGCAGGGAAGCCUCUGGUAUUGAAGAUUUCCGUCUACACUGGUCGGAGAGGAUCCACUUGUGGGUUUAACGCUGCUAAGCUUGUUGGGAAAGUUUCGGUACCGUUGGAUCUAAAGAAGGCUGAAUCAAGGCCGUUCUUUUUUCAGAAUGGUUGGGUGGAUAUGGGGGAUAAUAAUAGUAGUACUAAUAAAGGGUCUUCGUCGCAGUUGCAUUUGUGUGUUCGUGCCGAGCCCGACCCGAGAUUUGUUUUCCAAUUCGAUGGAGAGCCAGAGUGUAGUCCCCAAGUUUUUCAGGUUCAAGGGAAUGUAAAACAACCCGUUUUCACUUGCAAAUUUGGGUUCAGAAGUUCCAGUGAUUUGAAAAACAGUUCAAUGUCUGAACCAAGCACUUCAAGGAAUUGGUUACCAUCUCUGAAGACCAACAAGGACAAUUACUCGAAGGAGCGUAAAGGAUGGUCCAUUACCAUCCACGACCUCUCCGGUUCGCCAGUGGCGGUUGCAUCGAUGGUUACACCCUUCGUGGCCUCUCCCGGUUCCGACCGGGUCAGUCGAUCCAACCCCGGUGCAUGGUUGAUUCUCCGUCCCGGCGAGGGGACAUGGAAGCCAUGGGGCCGACUCGAGGCGUGGCGCGAACGCUGUGGCUCAGACUCGGUAGGGUACAAAUUCGAGCUCCUUAGCGAUACAUCAACACCCGCCGCUACUCUCGCCAGCUCCGCCGUGAACGCUAACUCCGGGGGAAAGUUUACCAUUGACGUUACAUCGAGCAUCUCUCCGGCGAACAGUCCGAAUAGCAGUUGCGAUUUCGGAUCUGGUUCCAGGCCCGGGUCGAGAUCGGGUUCCGGAUCCGGGUCUGAUUUCGGUUUCGCUCUUCCUUGUCACAUGUCGUAUAGAGGGUUUGUGAUGUCGUCGACGGUUGAGGGUUUGGGUAAGCGGAGCAGGCCAGAGGUGGAGGUGGGUGUGCAGCACGUGACUUGCACGGAGGACGCGGCGGCGUUCGUGGCGGUUGCCGCAGCCAUGGAUUUGAGCAUGGAUGCUUGCCGGUUGUUUUCGAAGAAACUUCCAAAGGAACUAACUCAGCUAAGGCAGUAGUGAAGUGUGUCGUUUGGUACUUUGGAUUGUCGUUUUUGAGAAUGAAAGCUACUUUAUUUUUGUUUUGGUGGGUAGUGAGUAGUGACUAACAGCAGUUUUUUAGCUGUAUUAUUUUUUAAUUGUUUAAUUGAAGAGCACAUUGUACAGUGAGGAGGAAUUAGUAGGGAUUAAAAUUUUAAUUAUUAAUUUUCUGCUCC